AUGAAGAACAAAAGAAGACAGAGUCAAGAUGAUGGAAAAUGUCAACAUGAUCUUUAUGAACAACCUAAUUGUCAAGUGUCAAAUCGUGGAGUUGGUGCCCUCGACGUCCGUUUGAAGUUCCAGAAAAAGAGUAACAAACAAGCAAUUGUUGGUGCAAAUGGAUCCUUGUCAGGAGUGCAAAUCAGAACUAAGGUAUAUAAGAAAGCCAUGUCAUUUGGAGAAGUGGUCAGAUCAGGAAGGCAUCUGUGAGUUCUGUUGCUGGAACAACCGCAUGUUUCCCGCACCGAAACGUGUACGUCUCUCCUUGCUGCUAUAUUGUACUAUACUCACCUCCUGCAUUGUUGUUUCUCAUUUGAUUAAAGGAUUGCGGUUUUACGGAGAGUUGGUUGGACCACGGAGGCCAUAGAUAGCAUUGUUCAAAUCUUUAAUUAUUCUGCUCAAGAUUGAAAAACAUAAGCUCUCCGUUGGGAGCAACCGAUCCAACCCUUCACGAUCCAUUUCGCCAGGUGUAGAUUUAUUGACAAUUCUGGAAGAGAUAAUGCUAAAAAAUCUUACAGUAUGACACUAUCUAUGGCUGCCUCAGACUCCUCUGUUGCAAAUUUAGAUUCCUGUUUAUUGCAAGUAAUGUAGACAAAGUCAUGUUUGUGGAUUUUGAUGGAAUGUAGUGGGAUUGGAAUUGAGAUUACAUUCCAUAGAACAUGUAUUUUGUAAAUAUACUGUGGAAAAGAAAGUAGGCCAU